GGAAACUAAAAUCAUGAUUGAGAUUAUAAGCAAACUGCAUAUAAACGAACUUUAAAUUUGCUUCAUUAAAUCCAUAGCACAGUUUCAUGAACCUCAUUUGGCAACAUAUGUUUAUUAAACUUAAUCUCAAUACAUUUUAUAUGCGUGUUGCUUAUAACCAUGUUUGCCUACUGCUUGUUAAACAUCGUUAUGCUCGCCAAUAAACUUUGUGAGCAUUGCAUAUAAACUGUAUGUGCGAGAUAGCAUAGAUUUUUGCAGUAUGCUUUUACACAUGCAACUUAUAUGCAAUGUUCACAACAUUUAUGUACGAGUGCUCGAAUGUGUGCAUAAAUGCUUAUAGUCAAACAAGAUGGCGAAAAUUGAAAAAUAGCAUAAUUUGCAGCAGUUGCAGCAGUCAAGCGAGUUAAAAAAAACUGGUAGCAGAGUGAAUGGUUCGGCGUCCGUUUGAUCCGACGGCAUCAUUUCGGUAACCCGGAAUCCAGAAUGUGGUCUCAUCGCGGCAAUUGGAAUGCGGUUCGGUGGAUCCUGGGGAGGUGGAUAGUACGGAGGUUAUCGGGACAGCAGGUGCGACAAUGGACGGAUCGAGUGAGGAUUGGGGAUAUAAAGAAGGUCAUCGACGUCCUCCCUUUCGGACCACUCGCACGCUUCCAGCUUGUCCUCAACGUUCGGAGUGUCACAACCUGCGCCAACACCGGCGUCCAACGAUCUGCUAUCGGACCUGAGUGGACUUUCGCUGUGCAGUAUUUACGCUGGCGCCAAGUUGAGCCGGGAUCUUUGUCAAUUGCGGCCGGAAACGUCCAGGAUUCGUUCCGGAGAGGAGUGGGACGCGAUUCGGAGGGGUUUGGAUGGUCUGAUCAAGUGUUGCCGGGACCGAGAAACCCGGAGCAGGCGCACUCAUUCAAAACAACGAACAACACGACCUCCUCCCGGAACUUCUCACCGGAGAUUGGCUCUACCUUGUAACCCACAAGAUCCCCUCUUUAGCACCUUCCCCCGACCCGGACAAGUUGCUACUUCUAGCGAUGGCAGAGUUGGGAGAGCGUCCAAGGUGGAGGUUUGCAAGUUUGGACGGUUGCUGUUUGGCGGGUUAGUUCAAUCGAUUGCAAUUUGACGAGCGGACCUGAUGGAGGAGCGAUUCGGCGGUCCAACCCAACGAGUGCACCCUGAAAGCAAAGCGAGUCAGCAACGAAGCAUGCUGUCAAAGUCUGGUCACUUGCUAAUGCCAUGCCAAAAGAGAUUCCCACCAUCGGCCGCGAUUGCUUUUUAUUUAGAAUGUAAUUUAAAAAACACGUGCAAACUCGUUCAAAUAAAAAUACAUAAAUAAGCAGCAUAAAAAAACAAAUAAUAAAAAUUGAAAGAAAAUUUAGACAGAAAAAUAUCAUAAGGCAUAACAAAUACAAAUAAAAUGCAUUACUAUUGAAAAUUAAAUGAAAAAUAUCAUAAAAAUUAUUAACUUUAAUAAUAUAUGUUUUAAGUGAAAGCAUAUUAAAAUCUGUGAGCAUUGCAUAUACUGUUCAUGUGCUGUGAACAUACAUUUUAUAUGCGUUAGCAUAUUUAAAAUUCGUAUCCAUGUAUAUGUAAUGCUGAUAGAGUUUAUAUGCAAGGCUUACACCGUUUAUGUGCAGAAGCAUUUUGCAAAAAUCUAUAUGCAAAACUAAUAGCAACAAUCUUGAUAUUUAUUU